UGGCCAAUGAGAACGUAGGUCGCCAUUUUAUAUUAUGUCAGGAAGCAGUCGUAGAGGGCAUGAAAGGACCGAGCAGCAGUUCAGCAUGAAAAGUUAUAACACCGAUAUUUUGUUAAUUUUCCUUCUGAACUAAAAACCCAGACAUGUUUCGAAAGAGUCGAAACUUGAAAUAUGUUCUCAAUCUUGUGCCGGGCAAGCGGCAAAUUGGAAUAUAUAGAUUCCUACCCAUUUUUUUCUGCAUAGGAGGAGUAAUGGAGUGGAUCAUGAUAAACGUGAGAAUUGGAAGAGAGACGUUUUAUGAUGUGUACAGAAGAAAGCAAUCAGAAAGAGCUUAUGAAGGGAAGACUGAGGAGGAAAGGAUUCACACAGGGCCGUCAUCGGGUGAAAAGCACUGAGGCUGUUGCUAUCCUGACGUGUGCUUUGCACAGACUCUGGAUAUCCUGGAGGACUUGCUUUUGACUUCAGGUCUCUGCACCAUGACAUUUGUUCGCUGCUGUGGAUUAUAUUAAUUUUGAACGAAUUGUAAGUCAUUGUCUUGCUUUGUACAAAGUUAGCAGUCCAUUGGAUUGUUUUAGUGUUCACUGUACAACUGUACUGUCUGCCAGUGCCUGUUUUCAUGGCACUUCAACAUUUGAGUUUGGACGAAGGCUGAUGGGGAAUUCAACACUGGGGUUCAACAACUUUAAAGAAAUUUGAAAAGUUA